AUGAGGGAAAUCCAACCACAAUUCAAUCCAGGAGGGAUAGAAAAACAGUUCGGUCGAAGCAGAACUCAAUUGGCCCGAGUAAAUAAGGAGAUAUCAACAUCACAACCACUCUCUCGGCCAGAAUCGACGAACCAAGCGACAAUGCUCGACCAUCUCCCAAACGGCACGACCGAAGUCCACCAAACUUCACAGGCGACCUCAAAACAUCAUUUUGGUCGGCAAAUCCAAAAGAUAGGACGAGAAAAGUGCCUGCUACGUGAGAUAGACGAAGGAAGCUCAAUACGGCCGACGGCGAUGCAUAGAAUGGCCGACGAACUCAAAACCUCAAGAAGGCGCGAACACCGGUGGAAACUGAUCCUCUGGAGUCCAAAAAACACCAAGGAAGAAAGGAAGGAGACGAUCGAACAGAUAAAGAUGGCCAAAGGAAUCACAUCCCGAAGCCAUUGGCGCGCACACGAAAGAUCUCCGAAUCCACACUACAAUGAAUUCCUUACAAUUCAAGAGAUGGCCGAUGGAGUGAAAUUUGGCCGAUCGCGAGCAAGUAAAAUGGCCGACAAUCCAAAUCACGGCAUUUACCGCGGCCACCGGCUCAAAUCACCUCCAUCAAGCAUCCACAUCGCAUCUAAAGAAGAAAAUCCAGAUUGGAACGAGCAGAAUUGGAGAAGCCGAAGGAAGACGUUCCCGGAGCCAAUUUGA